AUGGCCGUAACUAAGCCCAAACAAAGGCGGAAGACGAAGGAACUGAUGGGGUUAAGGCUAAGGAAGGACGGCCGUCCCUUAUGUAAUAAUUGCUCAACUUCUCCACUUUCGCUUCUCUUCUUCUUCUUCUUCUCUGAUCAUCUAAUAACUGCCCACGACUUGGUCCAUCAAACUUGCAAAAAAUGUACACAAAAUGACCUUAACCUAAACUACAGCUUCUGUGUAACUUCUCUUGAAGCAGUUCCAAGUAGCCACUGUGCAAAUCUUCGCCAACUGGGUAUGGUCUCAAUCAACUUAACUCGACGCAACGUCGCAAACACAAGGUCAUAUAUUAAUGACCUCUUGAAGAACAAAAAGUUGGAUCCAUUCAUGAGCUCAUGCUUGACUGAUUGUUAUGAAAUUUACUCAGACGUUAUUUCAAUUCUCCAACAGGCCAUCAAAGACUACAAAUCUAAGCACUAUGAGGAUACUAAUUUUGAAAUAAGUUCAGUCAUGGAUGCUUCAACCACUUGUGAAGAUGGGUUUAAGGAACAAGAGGGCGUGGCUUCUUAUAAUAGAAAUAACAAUAGCUUCCAAUUGUCUGCCAUAGCCCUUUCUAUGGGCUCUGCAGCCACUGAAACAACAGCGCGUUUCAGGAGAAGAAGAAAGAAGAAAGCAGAGCCCAGAAUGCGCAGCUCCACACUGCUGUUUCAGUGGCUGCUGCCAUAG